CCAACGCGGAGCAGGGGCAGGACGGCGGUGGGAGGCAGCCAGGCAGUCGUCAGUGGCGCGAACUCGGAACACGGCGUGGGGCCUGGCCGGCCUGCGACUAGGACACGACCAGUGACGGGCCUCCGACGGGACAGUCCGCGGGGAGCGUUCUCUCUUGACGCGCGUCCACCCGAGGCCAUCGACGCCAAGGCCGUCGGCGCCAGCCCCUCGCGGCCACCACUCGUGAGAGGUGUCACCCGGAAGCCCUUUCGCGGCUGGGGUCCGGGGUUGGGCGGGGACGGGGCGUCGCCGAGGCGUCGCCAGGUGCAAGCCGACGAGGAGUGUCGCAGCGCAGGUCCACUGAUCUAUCCGUGCUGAAGUGUCGGAAGGAAAUUCAGAGAUGGCUUGUGAGCGCGUGGCCGCGAGGUACGUCCUCUGCUUCAUGCUCUUCCUGGGCUUCAUGGUGACGUUCCUACUGCGCGCCAACCUCAACCUGGCCAUCGUGGCGAUGGUCAAGGAGCCCGCCCGGGACGACUCGCUGCCGACCAGUCGGUCCACCGUGUGCGGCGGCCAGAAGAACGUGACAGUGGUGCCGCAGUACGCCCCCGCGGCCAGCCAGAAAAAGCCUCCGCAGGGCCAGUUCGCGUGGGACCUGCAGCAGCAGAGCGUCAUCCUCAGCGCCUUCUUCUGGGGAUACGUCGUCUUCCAGGUGCCCGGCGGCCGCGUGGCCGAGAUCCACGGCACGAAGCGAGUGUACGGCGCGGCCCUGCUGGCCAACGGCAUCAUCAGCUUCCUGCUGCCGCUUGCCGCCAAGGGCCACUGGACCCUGCUGCUCCUGAUGCGCGCCAUGCAGGGCCUGGCGCAGGGUGUGGUGUUUCCGGCCAUGAGCGCCAUCGUGGUGCGGUGGGUGCCGGUGGCCGAGCGCGCGCGCUUCGUGUCGUUCGCGUUCCAAGGCGCGUCGCUGGGCACCGUGGUGGCUCUGCCGCUGUGCGGCUGGGUGCUGACGGCCUGGGGCUGGGAGGCUGUGUUCUACGUGUCUGGCGCGCUGGCCCUGGUCUGGACGCUGGCCUGGUGGUUCCUGGUGUUCGACUCGCCCGACCAGCACCCCCGCAUCAGCGACUCGGAGCGCGAGUACCUCGCUCAGCACCUGGAGCCCGUCAAGGAGGAGGCACUCGCGGUGCCGUGGCUCGCCGCCCUCAAGUCCGGCCAGUUCUGGCUGGGCAACCUGGCGGCCGUGGGCAACGACUGGGGCUUCCACACCUUCUUCACGAUGGGCCCCACCUACAUGAAGACGGCGCUGGGCUUCGACCUCAAGGAGAGCGCGUGGCUGUCGGCGCUGCCCUUCCUGUCGCAGUACGUGUUCGCCAUGCUGUACGGCUCGCUGGCCGACCACCUGCUGCAGCGCGGCGUCCGCCUCGUCACCGUCCGGAAGGUCUCCGUCGUCGUGUCGCACUUGAUGCCGGUGGCGGGGCUGCUGGUGCUGGCGUACUCGGGCUGCAACGCGCUGCUGUCCGUCGUGGUGCUCACCUUGUCCGUCACCAUGAUCGGCGCCGUCACCUCGGGCUUCUUCCAGGCGCCCAUGGACAUCGCGCCCAACUUCGCCGGAGUCCUGACCGGGGUGAUGAACGGGAUGGGCUCCAUCACGCCCGUGCUGUCCACGCCACUCGCCGGCGCCUUCCUGCACCACUUCCAGCAGACUCCGCAGGUGGGCUGGCGGUACGUGUUCUGGGGCGCCACCAUGUACGUCGUCGGCGCCGUGCCCUUCCUGCUCUUCUACCGCGGCCAAGUGGAACCCUGGAACGGCGGCGGCGACAAGGCCAAGGACAAGGACAAGGACGUGGCCCUCAAGGAGAUCUGAGAAAUAAACUAGACGUUUUCACUCUC